AUGGAAAUAGACCAACUUCUCAACUCAACGGGUCCACCGAUCAGUGUGGUUCUUCCAAAUAGUUAUGUUGUUGUUCCUUCAAUAUUUUUCUGGAUUCUCACACCUGUAAUAAUCCACGACAUCAAAACCAGCCGCUUGAGCCCUCUUCCAUGGUCCACAUUGAUGAGUCUAAAAUGGUUUGUGGCCAGCCUGCUGAUCAUUGACCGUCUCUUCGUUUUCCUUCUUGCAGUAUGGGAGUCGUUAUUUGAACACAAGAACGUGACAGCCGAUUUGUUCAUCUUUCCGUUCUUUCACAGUUUUACAUUACUCGCCCUUCUAAUCGCUACCAAUGAAACCCGUCGAGCUGGAAUCCACUCAUCUGGAUGUCUAUUCUGCGUCUGGAUGCUUUUUGCAGUUUUUGCUGCUCCUGAAUUCUACCAAUGGAUGAAUAAAGGAAGCCAGCCAGAGGUGAAUUCGACGAAUGAAUUGUUUAGAUAUCCAAUUUCUAAUAAACUAUCUUUUCAGCUUGUUGCCCGAAUCGACUUCUUUCGUUAUGUCGCGUACUUGACGUACUUUCCCUUAGUGGUCGCCGAAUUUGUACUACACUUUGUCUCUGAUCCCUUCCCGAUGCCCAAGACUUAUCAGCAAAUGAGAUUUUUCGUUCAGAAUUCAAAGUGUCCAGAAGAGAAUGCGAAUUUCAUCAGCCGACAACUCUUGAUGUGGUUCUCACAGAUCAUUUCAUUGGGUAGCAAGAAAACUUUGGAAACUGAAGAUGUGUUCGAAUUGGAUAGUCAAAUGGAUCAAGAAUAUCUCAAGGCUAGAUGGAAGACAGAAUGGCUCAAACAGUCAGAGAAAGCUCACGAGCAACAAGUGAAGCUAGAUGAGAAACGACAAAGAUCGGGGACUGGAAACGAGAAGGCCCCACUUUUAGGGACUUUUAAUAAUUACGGAGCUGUCAAUCAAAAUGAUGCUGAUCGUGUGAUUGUCCAACCAUCUGUGAUUUUCACUCUAUGGAAUAUCAUGAAGUGGGAGCUUGUUGGAGGAUCGUUCAUCAAGUUUUUGUCCGACUUGUUGCAAUUUGCGAAUCCAACAUUCUUGAACUUUCUCAUUACUUUCAUUGAAACGCCCGACGCCCCUUUGUACUACGGAGUUGCCCUCGCAAUUGGAAUGUUUCUGGCUGGACAAGCGAAAUCUCUGUUCAUGAACACUUAUUUCAUUGUCAUGACUCGAAUUGGCGCCAAAAUUCAAACUAUGCUCAGUUGUGCAGUUUAUGAGAAAUCUCUAUUGUUGUCGAAUUCCGCUAGACGAGAGAGAACCGUUGGAGAAAUGGUCAAUAUUCUUUCCAUCGAUGUGGAUCGCUUCCGAAUGAUUACACCACAACUUCAACAGUACUGGAGUAGUCCUUUUCAAAUUAUUGUUUGUAUGGUUCUACUUUGGCAAACCAUUGGGGUGGCCGUUUGGGCUGGGAUAGUGGUCAUGAUCAGUAUUGUACCUAUCAACAUUUGUGUAUCAGUUAUCACUAAAAAAUGGCAAAUCAGAUUGAUGAAAUAUAAGGAUGAAAGAAUCAGAUUGAUUAACGAGGUACUCAAUGGAAUCAAGGUUGUGAAGCUGUCGGCGUGGGAGACAGCUAUGGAGGAGACAAUUGAGAAAAUCAGAGACAAGGAGUUGAAGAUGAUUAAGCAAAGUUCUUUGCUGAAAACUUUUGCGGAUUGCUUGAAUGUUGGAGCUCCAGUGUUUGUGGCCCUUGCAACAUUCACAGUAUUCGUCUUCAUUGAUGAGAAAAAUGUGUUAACUCCUAACAUCGCUUUCGUUUCUUUAUCCCUGUUCAACUUGCUCCGUGGACCACUUAUGAUGGCUGCAGAUCUAGUGGCCCAGACUGUUCAACUUGUUGUGUCCAACAAGAGAAUUCGAACUUUCUUGUGUGAACGUGAAGUUGAUGUUAACGCUAUAGACAAGGAGAUUCGGGGAGAACUCUACCAAAACACUGUUGAAGUUCACUCUGGAUCCUUCUCCUGGGAUUUAGCUGAGGCUCGUAUCUUGAGUGACAUUGAGUUUCUGGUGGGCUCUAAGGAACUGGUUACUGUAGUUGGAUCCGUUGGAAGUGGAAAGUCAAGUCUUCUUUUGGCAGCGUUGGGAGAGAUGGAGAAGAUUUGUGGAUACGUUGGUGUCCGGGGUUCUGUAGCUUAUCUUUCACAACAGCCAUGGAUUCUGAAUCAGUCUUUAAAGAAGAAUAUAUUGAUGCAAGCGGAUUUGAAUGAUGUUCUCUACAAAAAAGUCGUGGAAGCUUGUGCGUUGAAAGACGACUUGAAGCAACUGCCAGACGGAGAUGAAACUGAAAUCGGAGAAAAGGGUAUCAACCUUUCAGGAGGUCAAAAAGCGCGUAUUGCUCUUGCUCGAGCUGUCUACCAGAGCAAAGAUGUAUAUUUCUUGGAUGAUCCGUUAUCUGCAGUAGAUGCACAUGUUGGAAAACAUAUCUUUGAUAAUAUAAUUGGCCCAAAUGGGAUGCUGUCUCAUACCACAAGAAUUUUGGUUACAAAUUGCACAUCCUUCCUUCAGGAGUCUGGGAAAAUUAUUGUGAUGAAGGAUGGAAGAAUCCGGCAUUGCGGUACAUACGAUGAAUUGUUGGCUGACGAUGAAGCCAGAGAAUACCUACAAGAAGUAGAUGCAGAAUAUGAGCAGGCUCAAGAAUCAAGUGAAGAAGAGAGUGGUGAUGAAGCUGAUGAUGUACUACCAGGAGCAAUCGGUUCCAGUAGUCGAAUGUCAAGAUUAUCGAAAUUGUCGAAAGUUUCAAGAAAGAAAUCGAGGUCUAGUAUUGUGGAGAAAAAGAAACCAGAUGCAUUAAUCACAAAAGAGGAAGCGGCAGUUGGAAGGGUUAAAGCUGGAAUUUACAUGCUCUACUUUAAAUCUAUGGGAAUUGUGAAAUAUGUACUGCCAUAUUUUGUUGCGGUGAUUUUGAAUAUGGCAUUUGCAAUGGCUAGAAGUUUAUGGCUUACUGCGUGGUCCGAUGCUAACAUUGAUAUGACACAUCCGGAUACUUUAUCAGUGGGAACAAGACUUGGGGUGUAUGCUGCAUUCGGUGUCACAGAAGGUAGAUUUUUUUUUAUACAGGACCAAGAAAUACAAAAACUGUUCUUCCUGUUCUUCUCCCUAUCUCUCCUUCUGCUUGGAGGAGUCGCCGCUUCCAGAAAUCUCCAUAGACCAUUGCUUCAUAAUGUGCUGAGAAACCCACUAUCCUAUUUUGAUGUGACUCCUAUUGGAAGAAUUAUCAACCGUCUCGCCAAAGACAUGGAAGUUGUGGAUCUCCGUUUGAGUAGCUCUUUCAGAUUCCUUGUAAUUUCGUUUAUGAAUAUGAUGCAGACUGUCAUCAUUGUCACCUACACCACACCACUAUUCAUCGUGAUUAUUAUUCCCGUUUAUAUAAUCUACUAUUUUGUGCUCAAGUACUCCAUUAAGAGUACCCGUCAACUUCAAAGAAUCGCUUCGUUAACUCGUUCUCCAAUAUUUUCGAAUUUCUCGGAGACCCUUCAAGGAAUUUCAACAGUUAGAGCGUUCCAGUGGAAUGAUGAGUUUAUCAGAAGAAAUGAUAUGCAUCUCAACACCCAUGUCAGAUGCAACUACUACUCCCAAAUGUCAAAUCGCUGGUUGGCAAUCCGUCUUGAACUUCUUGGAAACAUUGUUAUUUUUGGUAAUUUCCAGGCUCUAUUUUCAUCAUAUCAAUUUUCUUUUAGCUGCUUCCAUGUUAGCCAUCUUUGGGAAAGAAUCAGGAUUGACUGCUGGUAUGCUCGGUCUAUCAGUAUUACAUUCAUGUUGAAUAUGUUUGUUAGAACCAUCAAUGACGUAGAGACUAAUGUGGUGUCAGUGGAAAGAAUUGAUGAGUACAGUAAGACCAAGAGUGAGGCUGAGUGGCGUAUGGAAGGAUAUGUGCUCCCGCAAUCCUGGCCUAUCGGAGGUGCUGUGAAUAUUGAAGACUACUCAUGCAGAUAUCGAGAUGAACUUGAUCUGGUGCUCAAGCAAAUCAGUCUUAACAUCCUUCCAGGACAGAAGGUCGGAGUGUGUGGCAGAACUGGAGCAGGUUUGUUUAAUAUUGAUCCAAAGAGUCAGUUUAAUGACCAACAACUUUGGGCAGCGCUUGAGAAUUCAAAUUUGAAGGCUCAUGUAGAGACGUUGCCACAGAAGUUGGAAAGUCCAGUUGCGGAAGGAGGAGAAAACUUUAGUGUUGGUCAACGGCAACUCUUGUGUCUCACACGCGCAUUACUUCGAAAAUCCAAAGUGUUGGUUCUGGAUGAAGCCACUGCUGGAAUCGACAACAGAACCGAUGCGAUGGUUCAAGCGACGAUACGUGAAAAGUUUGCGGAUUCCACGAUCAUCACAAUUGCUCAUAGACUGCACACUAUUAUGGACUAUGAUCGAAUUAUUGUGAUGGAAGCUGGACGAAUUGUGGAGGAUGGUAUUCCUGGAGAAUUACUCAAAAACAAAAACUCAAAAUUCUAUGGUCUCGCUAAAUCAGCUAAAAUUGUUGGUUGA